AUGGUGGCUCUCCGCGUUGUCGCAACGUUCGGUGCCCUAAUCCUUCUGUCGGUGGGCCUCGUUGUUCUACCUCAGGGCGCUGCUGCCAACUCGGAGGGGGACGCCCUCUUCGCGCUCCGGAGCAGCCUCUCCGACCCCGAUAAGGUGCUGCAGAGCUGGGAUCAGACGUUAGUCAAUCCAUGCACCUGGUUCCACAUUACCUGCAACCAAGACAAUCAAGUCACCCGUGUGUAAGACACCGCCUCCGUGGAUCUCUUGAUUCCUCGUUUUUACUAGUACUUGCACUUAUAAAGGCACCCGGUUAUCCCUUGUAGAAGUCGAUAGGCUUUCUAAUUUUUGUUCGCCUUAUUUUUUGAAUAACGAGCUAGUCUGUAUCGUGUACUUUGAUUCGAGGAUUGAUCUUGUUGCAAUGUCAUGUUAAAAUGCACCGCUGUGCAAAAUUUUCGAACUAUUACUGUAUUAUUUUCGUCUCGGAAGAUUGGACUCGUGAAAUGUCGGCAUUUUUAUAUAAUUUUUCCAUGUUUUUCGAUCAAAUUGAAGUUUUUUCGAUAUCUACAUAUUUUGUGUGUUUACGAGCCAUCAGCUUAUCUUUCUAUUUCUAAUUGUUUAGACUCUCGUUGGAUAAUUGAAAGAAAAAAUAAUAAAAGGUUCUUCGAUCUGCAGUGAUUUAGGAAAUUCCAACUUGUCUGGACACUUGGUACCUGAUCUUGGAAAGCUUGAACAUCUUCAGUAUCUGUAAGCCUAUUCUCUUUUAUCUUAGAAUCUCCACUAUAGAUGUUUACCUUCUUAUCAUGCAUUAAUUUUAAUUUCGUCUCUUGUGGUUUGGAGAGAUGCUUGCACAAUGUGUUGACAUUUAGUCGUCUCCUUUAGAUUUUUUGGCCCUUAUUAUGUAUGGGAGUUGUCGAAGAAGUAAACAUCACCAAAAUAAUUUUGCGUUAUUUUUCAAACCUGUGUCUGUAUCUUGACAUCCCUGCCAUUCCCAGUGAAACUAUUGCAAGAGACUUCGGAGCAGAUUAUUUUAUUUUAUCUUAUUUUUCUCUUGAAGAGAGGAUUCAUGGUAUCAUAGUUUACUGCAGUGUCUUAUCAUGCUUAGCAACAUGAUGCCAAAAUCUUACAGAGUAGGAAAAAUAAAAAUUAAGUAUUAGAGUCACUAAUGUUUUACAUUGUUUAAUUUGACCCUCUGAAGUUGGCUUCUGCCUAUUUUUAAGGUUGUUCUAUGAAAAAGGUUACGCAUAAAGUAUGAGUUCCAGCCUUUAUUCAUGUUAGGAUCUUAUGAUCAGAAGUCCGUCCGAGAUUUGAAGGGAAUGUGAUGUCGGUGACCACUAGGGUAGAUGGGGCAAUGAUAUAAGUGGGAACGGUGAUAAGCGACCCUGCACUUCCCAGGACAAAAAUAAUCUCAUUUAGUUUGAGUCAGCUUCUUGUACAGACAACUUCUAGUCUCUUUUAGGCAAUUUCUAGUCUCUUUUAGUUAAAGUCCUUGACAAACUCAAAUGGAAUCGGAAAUAAAUGAUUUUAAGGGGCCAACAUGUGAGUGCUAAGAUUCAGGAACAACACGUUUCAAAAAUUUCAGAUUGGAAUGAUUAAAGUUUAUAGAGAAAACGAUGAUAGUCUUACGUGCACAUUUAGUCUUUUUUAAUUUCGGAUGGAGUUUAUGGUUGCUUUGAUUAUAAAAUGAAUCCAUGAAACGCAUGCUACAUGGAUGGCUGAUCAAGUUCUUGUUCCUUUUUCACGAGAGUAUUCUCAGUCUAAAACUUCCUCAGUUCAUGGAUUUACUCUCCAAUGCUCGAAUUUGACUUCAUGUGAUCGUACCAUCACACUUGUUCCAUAGAAGGGUCUCAUCACUUACUCCUUCAAAAUUGGGGCUUUGCCUUGAAAAUAUGUCCAAGUUCCUCCUAUCUCUUGAAUAGAAGAAAGGAGACUGAAGAAUAAUAUUUUUUGGAAUUUUUGGAGAUUGUGUAGUGUAAGGAGCUAUGGGUAUCUUUGAAUGUGAUGGUAAAGCUUUCUCACUGUUCACGCUGGAUUACUUGUUUUCGGUUGAAUCUUUUUCUGCAUUUUUUUUAAAUUAUUUUAUUUUAUUGUUGUUUUUCCUUGGUGAAUAAGGCUUGAGAUUGAGUUUGCAUACUAGUAUUAUUUCUUUUGCGAUUCCUCAUUUUAUUUAAGGUUUUUAUUGCUCGAUAUGAAAGGUAAGUGGCGUGUAUCGUAGGGUUCCUCAUGAUUCCUUCUAGAGCCAGUCAAUCUUGAGGAGUCAGUCUUUCUACAGAAUCAAUAUACCUACUAAUGUUGCAUCAGGAUCAAUCAGUGAUUAACUGAAGUAGUGUUAUCGGUGUUGAAAGGCAGAGUAUGGAAGAGCGUGGUGAGUUGUCAGUUUUCCUUUCUCAUUCUCACAUGGGAGGUGUAAAUUUGAUGGUUCUGUGAAAAGACUCAGAUUGGAUAUCGAGGAAAAUGAUUGAUUGUUUUGCUUCGGUCUGCUAUGUUAUAGGUCAUAUGAAAGUAAAGCAGUAUGUAAUUUGUUGAAAGAUACAAGAAGUUCGCUGAUAUUAGAGAAAAGGCAUUGGUAGCUAUAGAGAACUAAACCGAUCAAAGUACGCUAGUGGUAGGUGUUUACAGCUGAUGCUUGAUGUUAAAAGGCUGCAAUCUUUCAUAUUUAGAGGAUACAAUUGUUGGUUCCAAAUGGGAUAGAAUAAGUACCAAGAUGCUGGAGGGGUUUGUGUGUGUUGUCGUUCCUUUCCUUCAAAUUAGAUCACCCAAUAAAAGAGGCGAAAGAAGAGAAGCACUGACAGCCUCACAGUGCUUGUGAUUUUUUAUUGGCUGGACACAAUCGUCCAUGCCGACUCUCCAGGCCAAAACUCUGAUGAGUUAUCACUUUUGCUCGUGGUUUCAUCAAAACCUUUGCAGACCUAAAGUCAACAACAGUAUGUGCCGACCAAUGAUGGUCUAUAUUGGAAUCAUUCCAAGAAUGUGAUACAUAGGGGAAGCAGUUUUAGAGGUUUUUCCAGUUGAAAUUGGCCAUACGGCCCGACCAUUCGGGAUUUUGUAAUCAUCAUUUCAAUCUCAGAAUCGAAUUACGGUAUUUACAUUAUGCUAAGAAUUUUGGACAGAUUAUUUCCCCCCCCCUGCAUAAUUUGGACCUAUGACAGAUGGGUGUCCAUCAUUAGGUGCUAUUGAGCUCAAAGAGAAGUCAUCACACAUGUGGAAUGUUCCAUUUUCAGUGUUUUUGUAUGAUUUUUGUUUUUGCCCAUAAUGUACAGGCUAACCUCAAGAAUUUCAAAAUUAACUGUUGCCUAAGUUUAACAUGACUAAGAGAUAGUUUUGUGGAAGCAGACAGUUAUAAGGUGUUUGAUUCGAGAGUUCGUUUUAGGAGAUACAGGUAUCUCGAUCAGUUUCGUUCAGCAUAAAAGGCAUGUUGGUACCAAAUUCGUUGUGAAUUUUAUUGGAAAUCACAUUACGCGAUCACCAAGGUUAAUCAUAUGUACCAUAAGUUCAAGGCAGUUCUUUAGGUCUAAAGAAGGAGAGCAUUGCAUAGGACAGAAAAAAAUGGAAUGGUCUCUCUUUGUUUCUUGCUUUCUCAUAUCCUUGUUCUUUCCCAUGUUUCUACACUCCGAACCAGUUUUGUUUUUACCUGCUAUUGCGUACUAUGUUAUUUGGAACAUUAGAUGAACAAGCAAUAUAAGAGAAACAUUUAUGGCUUCUAUCUACACUUCUUCAUCUAUUUCCCUGAUGUGGCUUCAUGUUGUUUACCUUGUUUAUUUUCUUGAUCUUCAAUCUUCAUCCAUGUUUUUCGGAGAACAAACUGAGGAUACAGGAUUCGCAAGGAUUUAAUUACCCGUAUUAUGCCUGUUUAUUCCAAUCAACAGCCAGCACUUUAUCUUCUCUAGAAACAGGCAUCAGAAUAUUCCCUUUUUGAUAUAUUUUUUUUCCCUGAAGGUUUUAUACGCGUUCUAUUCAAGAAACAAUCUAUUCUGUCAUUUGUUUGUUGUUAUUUGCUUGACUUGUUUAACAGACCUCAAUGCUGCUCUUUUCCAAAACACCGCCCCCUUAAAAAAAAAUGGCAUGGUUGUCCUCCCAUUUUACAGUUCGAAAGGAACAGCAGUUAUUAGUAGUCACUGGUUAUGGAUGUUGUGCAUGUCAUUCUUUUAAGUUGCAGAUAGUGUCUAUUUUUAGAAAUCCUGUGCACCAUAGGCCUUAUGUCCUUAUUCUUCUGGAUCUUGUUGAUAAUUUAUUCCCUGGGCGUUGCCUUCAAAUUAUUCUCUUCAAUUUUAAUUUUCUAGAUUUUUUCGUGCAGGGAACUUUAUAAAAACAAUAUUCAAGGGCCAAUUCCAUCUGAGUUGGGAAAUUUGAAGAGCCUUAUUAGCUUGGACCUGUAUAACAACAAUAUUUCCGGCAUUAUUCCUCAAUCGCUGGGCAAUAUAAAAUCUUUGGUUUUCCUGUAAGUUUACUUCUUUUUCUUUUUGUCUCUUAUCGAUCUUAAACGCUGCUGUUAAUAUGUUUAGAAUUCACAUCAGAGUUAAGAAAUUUACCUUCUAUAUAGCCCGAGUGAUUGAUUAUAGAUGCUCAGCAAGGUAGUAAAUCUAUGACCGCACAUCGUUCCUUUUAAAUGCUCGGUCAAUUCUGAUGGGUUUCUCCAUCUCUCUAGACGGCUCAAUGAUAACAAGCUCACUGGGAGGAUACCGAGGGAGCUCACCAAGAUUUCGAGCCUCAAAGUUGUGUAAGUGGGAGGGGUUCGAUUUUUCUGUGAUUUCCUUAUCCUUUCUAAUAAUUGUUUUGCACUUUUGACGCUACAUUCGUGUACGGGUUUGCCAGAGACGUCUCAAAUAAUAAUCUCUGUGGAACUAUCCCCACUUCUGGACCCUUCCAGCACAUACCCCUGAGCAAGUAAGUCUCUCUCUCGCUCUCUCUCUCUCUCCCUCUUCAGUGAUUUUAAUGUCCGAAAAAUGAUUCUCAGUACCUCCACUUCGGAUUUUCAUCAAUAACUGCCAUGUCUCCACCAAGAUGAGCCCCGGAUAUUGAUAGCCUCCUACCCCUCCCUGAAAACUUAAAAAGCCCAUUUUUAUUGUUCCAUGAGUUGCCUCUCUCUCUCUCUCUCUCUCUCUCUCUCUCCCUCUCUCUGUGUUCCUGUGCAAAGGUUUCAAAGGGGUCGAAGGCCAUUCAUCCGCACCUGCUGAUUUGAUUCAUCGGCCCCUGCCAAAAAGUUUCAUUUUUGGCAUGCAUACGGAGGUGAAAACCCUACAGAUUUCUGAUCAUCCUUUCUUGGUUGCAGCUUCGAGAACAACCCCCGUCUGGAAGGCCCCGAGUUAGAGGGCCUGGCGGUCUACGACACAAACUGCUGA